CACAGCCGUCACGCUUUACGGUUGAGCGUGGCGCACAUUGAGCAGAUCCUCUGGACAGGACACUGUCAGAAGGUAACACUAAAUAUCACAUGUUAUGGCAGCACUUUACUGUUCAACUUCACCACAUUAUCUGACAUCUGUUGCAAGUCUUUCAGUGUCUGGCGUUAGUUUAGACCCCGACUUACUACUGCUAAAGUUUCUGCUGGCAUGCUAACUAAAGCUAAAGCUAACCGGACACUCCCCCUCUGCAAGCAUCAAAACAUCAGAAACUAACAGCUGCAAUGACUUGGUUCGUCACAUUUGCAUCAUUAUCGUUCUUAAAGGCUGCUUGGUGUGUGUAACAGUCUAAAUAGUGUAGAAUAAUCACGUGAAUACGCCGAGAAUUCCUGAUAUCUCGUUUAUCUACGAGCAGUUGACUGUGUACAAGUGCCUAAAACCGAAAAAACAUCACUUUAUACCAUCCAGUUUUCUGUGUACAUCAGACUUUUAAAUGCAGACAGGAUUGUUUGAAUAUACAGGCUGGCUGAAGCUGUCUUUUGCUCGCGUAGGCAUGCGCAUUGGACUGCCGAGUUCAGACACACAGAGAGGUGGAUCCUUCAGAGCUUUAGUCCUGGUGAGUGGUUUAGAGUUCAGCUUACGUGUUGAUCGAAGUGUACAUUUGCAUAUAAGGACAUUUGCACAUGUGCAUUUCAGGAAACAAUGGCACUGUUUGCUGUGUAAAUAUACUAACUGCACCUAGUAAAUAGUGGGAGAUCAACCACUGUUGGUCUGGAAAGAACUGUUUAUGUCACUGCAAAGAAAUGCACCUCAAAUGUCUCGAGAAAGUUUUUUUUUUAAAUUAAUUUUAUCACAGAAGUGACAUUUUUAUAUAGUGUAAAUUCUUAACCUGCAAAGUUCAAUAUUUCAAGGCUUUUUUGUUUGAAUCUUAAGGCUUAUAGCUCACAAGAUUAAAAAAAAUCUCUCUCAUAACAGCAGAAUACAUCAGGAAUACAGUGAAACAAUCAGUCGUGUCUUUGCUCAGGUGUUACUGAAGUUUGGAUCUCUUUUAGAGCUCCUUCAGCUUCUAGAGAUCCUUGAUGGGGUUCAGGUCAGGCAAGUUGGCUGGUGAAUCAGGCACAGUAAUCCCACGAUUGGCAAACCAGUUUAUGUUAUUUUUGAUGAUGUUGGCAAAUGCCAUGUCCUGCUGGAAAAGGAAAUCUGUAUUGCUCUUGGGAUGAAGUAAUUUUAAAAACUCAUGAUAGACUUUAGGCUACAUUAACUAUGGACUGGACUUCAGGCACCUUGGACUCUGGGCCUCUCUGGUCUUCCUCCAGACUUUAGGACCUUGAUUUCCAAUUGAGAUACAAAAUGAAAACAGGACUUUGAACACCAUUGAGCAAUAGUCAAAUUAUUUUUCUUUGUAGCCCAGGUGAGACUCUUAGGACACUGUCUCUGGUUCAGAGGUAGCUAAACAUCAGGAACAAGACCCUUCCUACAAUAUUCCAGCAUGUUGAGAUGGUGGAUUUUUGAUUUUCGUGAGCUGGAAGCGGUAAUAACCAAGCUUAAAAAAAACAAACAAAAAAGUCUCGUAAUAUUUUUGACUUUACAAUGAUUUCAGAAUAUAUGGAAGUCUCACUUUUGAAUCAACAACCAUAGUGAAACCUUUUCAUGCAACUGAAGCUUCCUUCUGAAAUGUUAGAUGUAACCACCAUGAAGUAAACUGCAUAACAUCUCUGUCUUUUCCUCUGACAGACUGUGCUCCUGAGUGUGUUUAUGUUCCAGCUGCUGCGGACUGUUGGACUGAGGGCCUUUUCCAUGGCGUCUGAGACAUACACAUCGGGCACGCACUCUGCCGCCUUUGUCACCUGCCCUAAUGACACAGUGGCUAAAGAACUGGCCAGGUGAUAAAAACAGGCAAAUCCCCUCUUAAAUGGAAAAUGCAGCUAUUAAGCAGAAUAUGUGAUUUAUCCUUUACCCCACAGGGGCAUUGUGGAAAAAAAGCUAGCAGCCUGUGUCAACAUUGUCCCAGCAAUAACAUCUGUGUAAGUCUGGAUACAAGUUUUAUUUGGUGUAAUACUAGACUGAGGAGUCUAAGAUAUUCACAUUUAUACUCUUAGGUUUGAAGAAAAGCCCAAAGUAUCUUAUUUUCUUCUUUGUUUGUACAGGUAUGAAUGGCAGGGGAAGAUAGAAGAAGACAGUGAGGUACUGCUGGUGAGUUUUGACUCCAUAUUUUCAUGUUUUGGGCUUUUAAAUAUUGACUAUAAAUGCAUCAAUACUGUCUCUGCAAUAGGGAGUAAACUGGGGUCACUUAUCCUAAAGGGUCAAAUACUUCUGUGGAUAACAAAGCACCAGUAGUCCUCACUUGUUGGUAGUCAACAAGAGGAACAGGAAAGGGUAAUGGCAGCCAGUUAGAAGUCUCAACAUGUUUAACAAAGUCUUGAGACACAUGCGUUUACAGCAAAAAUGGUGAACUUUCUGUCAAAAUAUACAAAUUUGGGAUACUAUAAACUCCAAUAUGAGACUUAGCUCAGAAUGAAACUUUCAACAUCUUAUACAGAUAGUGCUGUGGGGGGGGGGGCAGAAAGAGGGGAAACUGAAAAUAGACCUGCAGGGAGAGACCGCUAGGUUGUGGAGCCCAAGUAGACCACUUUUUAAAUCAUUAAUUUUAUCAGCCAUCUGUAAAUUGAAACAUCAAUAGGCUCUGAUUGUCACCUGAGGCCAAUAAUCAGUUUACUAGGAAUGCUAUAUACAUGAGACUCUUAGAAAAAGUGUUUCCUGUCAAUGGACAUUCCUCCUCUUACUUGACACUUUGUGUAAUUAAUUUGUUUUUCAUGUUAUUUUAGUCAUCAGCUGAUAUUUCUUCCCCGAGUAGCUGUGCUAUUGUUCAACUUUUGUUGGUGUUCAGUUAUUGAAAGUGUCAUUUCUCAUUAAUUGUGGAAAAGAACCAGUCUGACUACUUGUCUUUCUGUUAGAUGAUUAAAACCCGAAGCUCCAAGGUGCCUGCUCUUGCGGAGUAUGUUCGGUAAGCCUGUUUUUUCAUCCAUUGUAGCUAUAGCAGGAACACUGUGCUGAUCAUUCCCCCCAUUAUCUGCUGUGACUCAUACCGUCAAAGAGGACGGCAUUAACUACUACUGCUGCUGCUGCUGCUUGGGUGCACUGUGCACUCAACUCACUCAUAACAACUCAUUGUCCUUGGCAGCUCUAAACAUCCCUACGAGGUGGCCGAGGUCAUCAGCCUGCCUAUCGACCAGGGCAACCCGCCAUACCUCAAGUGGAUAGGAGACAUCGUCCCAGAGUGAGGGCAGAGUGAGGGAGAGGUGUAUAGAUUUCUGAACUGUUAAAAUAAAUUUGACAUUUAGCAAACCUUUUCCUGCAGAGACACAUUUCAGUGUGAAGGCACCCUCGAGAAACUUAGCUAACAUGCUUUUAGAACUUAAUUGGGUUAAUUUAAAUGUCAAAAAAAGAUUAAAACUUUGAUUUAGGGCCUUUAGUUCAAGAGUGACAUGUUUCCUUUGUAGUGUGCUUACCUCUAGAGGGCAACCUCGCUUGGUCUAAAAAAAGCAGUUUCUGUGAUCCUGCAUCCUGCUAUGAUUUCUCACACCUCCUCUACUGUUUUGAAAAAGCAUUUUUCAAUAAAGUAGAAGAUUAUUUUUUAUUGUUUUUGCCUCAUUAGUUGGUAAACAAACAGUCAAGGUAAGGCGAUAAUGGCAGCUUUAACAACAGAUGCAUUCAUUCGAUAACACUCAAUGUAGCAGUUCAAAAUGUCAGAACACACAAAACACAUACAGCAAUAUUAACUAAACCUACAACUUUAUCACCAUCUUACCACAGCUUCACUACUUAACCAAAGCUUGGACAACACUGCUAAUAACACACCUGAACACCCACAUUUCACUUAAAGUCACAAAAGAAAGAAAUACAGAUUUCAUGCGGCAAACUGAUUUCGUAACACAGACUGCAAAUCUAUUUUCUGAGUGACAGAAUUUGAUGGUCAAGCCUGAAUUUAAUUUCAAAUAAUGCUGAGACAAAUCAGAUAGUUAAAUGACAGCAAUACAUUUCAGAACGGACAAACUGAAAAGUUAAGUGAUGUCUUUUUUUUCAGGAUUAGAUAUAUAAAAAAAGCAUUUCAGAGAGGCAAAAUCUCCUCAGAGGACAGGGCAGAGGGAGAAGGCUCACCAUUGUGUGGGAAACUGGGUGAGAAAAUAGUUUUGUAAUUUCAGAGUUCUGUUCUUAAGUGUGAAAUUACAAAGAAUUUAAGACUUUCAACUACAGCUCAACAAAUCAUUGAAGAACAGAGAGAGAAAUCUCUUGAAAAAGGGACACCAUUGAUAACUGAUAAUGGAUAGCUGUGGUCUUAUGGCCCUUAGGACGUCACAGACAUGGCUUUGUUGUGGAAAUCACUGCAUGAGUGUAAAAUUACUUUCAAAAACUUUUCUUUGUGAACAUAGUUUAUCUCUACAAGAGGGAACCAUUUGUAAACAUGAUCCAGAAAUGCUUGAGCCCAUUUAGGAUAAACUCAGGUAAGGUGGUAGACUUUCUUUUGGUCCAACAAAUCAGGAUUUGAUAUUCUUUUUGGAAAUCAUGGACACUGAAUCCUCACUUCUGAAGAGGACAGGGACCUCUUGGCUUGUUAUCAGGGCACUGUUUAAAAACCAGCAUCUGUGAUGCUAUAGAGAUGCACAAGUACUUAUUGGCACUGUUAAUGCUGAAAGCUGCAGUACAAACAGGGCCUCAGGUACAUUUUGCUCUAUUGCCAAUUUAGUAUGUAGAGGAAAUGUAUGCCACCCCAGCUCUUAUGGAACUGGGGUAGCAUACAUUUUCUUUGCAAUUUUAUUGAAUUUUUUUUUUUAACUUUUAAAUGGUUGCUUAUACUGUAUUUUGAUUGUAAUUCUCAUUUAAAGUUAAUGAACUCUUGCAAACUGUAAUAUAGUCUUAAAAAGAAAAAGAAUUGAGUUAUGUAUAUAUUUCAGGUGAGUAAUGCCUCACCAAACCACAUGAAAUUGCAAAUUAUCUAAACAAUUUUUUUCAUGAAUAGAGUUGAAAAACUAAGACAGGGAAUGCCACCUGUAAGUUAAUGUCACUCAAAUGAGUUAAGAAUAGCACAAUUCAUGAAAAGUAACAACUCCCUCAAAUUUGAAUUAAAUUUAGUCUCAAAUGUCUCAAAUAUGAAACAGUUGCAAUGUGGUGUACCACAAGGAAGCUGCCUGGGGCCACUACUCUUCUCUUUAUUCAGCAAUGACCUUUUUCUUGAUUUAAAUCAAGCUACAGUAGUUAUGGACGCAGAUGAUACAACCUACCAGCAAGAUCAGUGAAGGAUUUGUCAAGAGCUUUCGAUAAGGAACUAGCAGAAUAAGCAGUCGUUAAUUGGGUUUGGCGUACUAAGCUUGUUCUUAAUUCAUCUCAAACAAAGAGUAUUGUUUUUGGAUCAAAUUUUAAAUUGAAAGACAAACCACACUUAAACAAUCAAUUAAAGAUGUGUCCAUUGAACAAGUGGAAGAAGUCAAACUCCUUGGUAUGGUAUUAGACAGAGUACUGAAGUGGUCAAAGCAGAUUGAGAAAACUGUUGGAGUUAUGGAGAGAAGUCUAGCAGUAAUAAAAAGAUGUGCUAAAUUUCUACCUCAGUACUGCAUCUCCAGAGUUAUCAAACAUUAGUACUCACUCACUUGGACUACUGUCCAGCUGUGUGGUCAAGCGCAUCAAGCACAGAUUUAUAAAGAUUACAACUAAUUCAGAAUGGUGCUGCAAGACGAGCACUGAACUGUGAUAGAAGAACUAGCAUCCACGAAAUGCACAUGACAUUCGGCUGGUCAUUGGUGAAAGAGAGGAUUACUGUUUCUCUGCUUUCUUUCUUCAGAAAGAUUUUAGUGUAUAAAAGGCCAAAUGUUUUGUUUAAUCAAUUUCUGUCUAGUAACAGUCAUAAUUUCAACACAAGGCAUGCAUCAAGUGGUCAUUUCACACUUCCAUUCACCAAUACUAACUCUGGACAGCGUACUGUCAUGUUCAGAGGUAUGAAAAUAUGGAAUAGUCUUCCAUCCGUCAUCACAAGGUUAACCAGGUAACGUGUGUUUAAAAAGAAGGUAUACCAAUAUCUAAUGACCCAGACACACUGAAAUAAGAAACAGAACACCUACACCAGCCUGUGACCACAUACAAUACACGCCAAUAAGAUUUCGAUUACUAGUAGAUUUAUCUUGCCCUUUAUUGGUGUCUAUUUUAAUUGCAAAUGUAAUGUCAUCAUAACUUUUGUUUUACUUGUGAUUUUAACAUCUUGUAUAAUUCUGCUGUUUGGACUUUUAUCAUUGUAACCUAUACGAAUGUUUACUGUCUUCUUGCAGACCCCAGGAAGAGUAGCUGCUAUUUAGGUAGUAGCUAAUGGGGAGCCAAAAAUAAAAAAAUAAAUAUUAAAGUCCA